GUUUUUAUUGAAAAAUAUUUUAAUUUUAUUAAUUUCACUUGAAAAGCUCAUCAAAAAUGAUUUAAAACAUUUAAAACAUAGAAUAUACAUCCAAAUACACCAUAAUAAACUGUUUACAUUGAUCAUAAGUAUCGUGCAUGUGAUUUAAAUAGAGUUUUUAAAGUGGGACGCAUUGUGGUUUAAAAAAAAAUUAAUAAAAAGAUCCGGAAUAAAGAAAAAUUUCAGAAAAGUUGAUUAAACAAUACAAACAAUGGAUUUUCCACCUCCUGAAUUGUCUAUGCCGCCUCCAAACUUUCAACAACCUCCGUUUCAUCAACCAAAUUUUCAGCCAAGACCUUUUCAUCCAAAUUUUCAUCACCAUAAACCUUAUUACAAGUCCUACAAACAUGGAAUGCAAGUUCAGGAUGACUUUGAUGGCAAGCGAUUACGUAAAAGUGUAAUGAGAAAGACUGUUGAUUAUAAUGCGUCAGUUAUAAAAGCAUUAGAGAAUCGAAUUUGGCAACGAGAUCAUAGAGACAGAAGAGCACUGCAACCAGAAAACACAUACAUUCCCGAUCUUCUUCCUCCAUCGAGUUAUAUGGACAAUCCUACCAACUCAAUAACCACAAGAUUCGUUAAAACGGCCACAAACAAGAUGAGAUGUCCUGUGUUUACUGUUGCUUGGACACCAGAAGGUAGAAGAUUAAUUACAGGAGCAAGUUCUGGUGAAUUUACAUUAUGGAAUGGCUUGACAUUCAAUUUUGAGACAAUCUUACAAGCACACAGCACAUCAGUUAGAUCUAUGGUUUGGUCACACAAUGAUAACUGGAUGGUGACUGGUGAUCACAAUGGAUUCGUAAAAUACUGGCAGUCAAACAUGAAUAAUGUAAAACAGUUCCAAGCACACAAGGAACCUAUUAGAGGAAUAAGCUUUUGUCCAACUGAUACAAAAUUUGCGAGCUGCAGCGACGACGGAACUGUUCGUAUAUUUGAUUUUCUUCGAUGUCAAGAGGAAAGAGUCAUGAGGGGACAUGGUGCAGACGUUAAAUGUGUUCAUUGGCACCCAACAAAAUCACUUGUCGUGUCAGGCAGUAAAGACAAUCAACAGCCAAUAAAAUUAUGGGAUCCAAAAAGUGGUCAAUCAUUGAGCACACUCCAUGCUCACAAAUCAACUGUUAUGGACUUAAAAUGGAAUGACAAUGGCAAUUGGCUCAUCACAGCUUCACGUGAUCAUCUUCUUAAACUUUUUGACUUGAGGAAUUUAAAAGAAGACAUGCAGACGUUCCGUGGACAUAAAAAGGAAGCAAGUGCUGUUUGUUGGAAUCCAGUUCAUGAAGGGCUUUUCGUUUCUGGCGGUUCCGAUGGACAAAUUCUCUUCUGGAAUGUUGGGACUGACAAAGAAAUUGGUGGAAUUGAGGCAGCACAUGAGAGUAUUGUAUGGACCUUAGCAUGGCAUCCAUGUGGUCACAUCUUAUGUUCAGGAUCUAAUGAUCAUACUGUCAAAUUUUGGACUAGAAAUCGUCCUGGAGAUCAAAUGAGAGAUAAAUACAAUUUGAAUACAUUACCUGCUAGUCUUGCAGGUUUAGAAGACUAUGAAAUGGAUGAGCAUACUGUAAUUCCAGGAAUGGAUAUAAAAUACAACGAUGAAGAAUAUAAUGAGGAACAAAUUCCUGAUAUGCUUCAGCCACCACAACAAGAAGAUAUUCCAGCAAAUAAUGGUAAUGCUGAGUCUGGAGACAUUGGAAUUAUUCCUGGAUUGGACCUUGAAGCGCCAGCUAAAAAGCCUUUUAUAAAACCCAUACCAAAAAAUUUCCAAGAGCAGUGGAAUGUCGAGUCAAAGACGGAUAAGCCUCAUACACGUUCAAAUGAGCCAUUUGAUAUUCUAAAGCAAGCACAGACUGUCAUAUUAAGUGUUAUUGAACGAAUGCCAGGCGUAUUGAGAGUCGACGAGUCUCGUCCUAAUAAAGUGAUUAUUUUCGGAAAGGAAGUUGAUGUCAAACCCGGAACUAGACUGUUUAAAGCCAUUAUGGAUGGCAAUGAAGCUCUUUACAAUUAUCUCAACUCAGGCGAUAUAGCAGAAAUGAACGAAUCAUCGUCAUAUGAUGACAAUAGCAAUGGAAAUUCUAAUCAGGACAGUGCAACAUCCUUUGGAAAUGACAGACAGGACGGUGAUGAUUUUGAACCUCAAGCAAAACGAUUUCGUACCGAAGACUUUGAUAACCAUUAUGAUAAUGAAAAUAGUAAUAGUGGUGGUGGAAUACCUUCUUUACUUAAUAUUAAUGUACCUCCGCCAGCAAAUGCGAAUUUUCCAGACCAAACUGCACAGAAAUCUCCGACUGUAUGGGAUAAUAAUUCAGGAUUUAAUAAUAGUAAUAAUGGAGCCUUUAAUAGUAAUGCUAAUAAUCAAAAGCCAACGCAAAGAACUCGUGAGGGGCGAAGACAAGGAAGUCGAUGGUCAUCAAGGCGUUAAUUUUGUUCUAAAUUAGUUUAUAUAUGGCAAUUGUAUGAAACACAUUUAAUUAUUCUAUUAAAGCUCAAAUGGAAAGAGA